CCACUCACUGAUCGGUUGAAAUGAUCCGAGUACCACAUGCAGAAGUCUUCUGCUACCAAUUCUCGUGUGCGACCCAACCGAGCGGUACGAAUACAGUUUGGCUAAUGCACAGAUAAACACCUCUCCCUCAGUUAAGAGUUCGCUUUGUCUUCCUUCGUUAUCUACAACUCCGGCGUAGAGUUUUUCGCCUUCAGUUGUUUUGUAACAAAUCGAAAUGGCUCCCCCCGAGGAGAACAAAGACGCCAUCUCGGCUCAUGUUGAGCGACAGUCGGAGAUGGCGAGAGAGUAUCCAAACGACCUCCUCGACCACUAUACAAACGUGUACUUCGACGUUGAUGAAGGGAAACGAGUGUUGAGAAAGAUUUACUGGCCUGUGCUACCACUCAUGCUCGGCGCAUACUUCCUCCAGCAACUCGACAAGUCCUCUUUGUCAUAUACUUCGGUGUUCAAUAUCCAGGCAGAUGCACCCCUCCAUGGCAAACAGUAUUCUUGGUUGAGGUCCAUUCUAUACUUUGCACAGCUUGUGAUGCAGUCUUUAGGCACAAUGUGUGGAAUGGCCGCAUGUCACAACUUUAAGCAAUUGCUGGCCGCUCGGUUUGUCCUAGGCAGAUUUAAAGGUCCCUCCCUUGUUGCUGUUACUCAGAUAACCGCUGCAUGGAAUGCGAUGAACGGUAUUACUUCCAUUGUAUGUGAAAGUGUAUCACCAGCUGCGGGAAAGCUGCAUUCGUACCAGGUUAUUUUCCUUUACUGCGAUGGCCUCACACUCGUCUUCUCUGUAUUAUUUUUCAUCUUUUUUCCCGACUCGCUCAUGGAAGCAAAGUUCUGGAGACAAGGAGAACGAGAUAUUGCAAUCGAGCGUCUGCGAGCCAGCCAAAUGGAGGCAUUCCCUGAUCCAAAGUCGUGGUGCUGGUUCUUCCUCGUAAUGGGGAUCUCCAUCCCAUCAGGUGAAAUCGGUACCUCUGGGCCCUUGAUCGCCCAAUCAUUCGACUUCGAUAAGUUCAAUACCAUCCUGUUCAGUAUCCCAUUUGGUGUUAUUAAUAUUAUUGCAAUCCUCGGCGGUGGCUGGCUCGCAACGCAUAGCAAGGGGGCCAACACUACAGGAGAUACCAAGCGCAAGGUCACCACUGGCCUUGUCUUUGUUGGGAUAUAUACCGGAAAUAUCAUUGGUCCACUUCUAUAUUCAACCGAAGAGAAGCCAUAUAAUAGAACUGUCUUGAUAUCAAAUCUCGUCAUGUUUAUCUUUGUCGAAGUUUUGGUUGGUUUCAUCAUGCUUUACCUCAAAUUCCUUAAUGGUAAGCAUAGCCGCAUGCGUUUUGCAGUGGGCAAAUCAGCUACCAUCCAAGAUGAAUCCAUGAUGCGAAAGGCCGAUCUGCAGUAUUUAGGAAAGGGGCAGGGCAACAAGUUACUCCUCGGGAGGAGGAUCAUUCUUUUGCUAACAUGCCGGACUUGAAGAACGAGGAUUUCACUUAUGUUUAUUAAGUUGAGGAGGACUGGGCGACCUUUCCCUUAGUAGGUCCAUACGGCAUCAAAGGAGAAAUUCGAGGUUUGAAUACUACUCGCCUAUUUAUCCCCCUUGACUAGGGAUUAAUUUUUUUUCUUGGUUCCAGUCUAGUCUGCGGACAUGAGCAGCAUCCGCUUUAACCUGAACCUAGGGUGAGUAUCGUGAGCAGGACCUGAGCAACAGAGUGUCAUGGUUGAUGGUGUUGGGAGUUGGAAGACAACUGGAGGGAGGAGGAACAAUGGACAGAAGAAGCGUGUAAUGGGG